GAAGACGAGCUUCCGUACGCGAGAGUUUCGCAGAGGCCGCCAUUUUGUUCGUCAAAAUGGCCUCCGCCCUGCAGGCCGUCUGUGUUUUGGAGGGCGAUGAUGACGUUAUCCACGGGGUCCAGUUCGACCGUGAGUGUGUCGCCGUCGGUCGUCGUCUCCACUUCUUCUUGCACCAUGAAAUCCAGCUCGUCCGCUUGGCCAGGGAGCGGCGCCUGGCCCUGGAUGAUCGUCUCCACUUCGACGCCAUGGUCCCCGGCGGCCAUACUGUCGCAAACGUCAUCAACAUUGAUUUCAACGUCGGAGCUCGAGUCCGCCAUCUUGAAAUCGCCCCACACGAGAAAAAAUGGCUGCCGAUUCGUCGUGAGGCGGACGUGAACGGAAGUAGUUUACGGUGUGUAGUGUGACGUCAUAAUGACGAUCGCGGCGCGCGCGACACCGGCCGUUUUGUUUAGUUUAGUAGGCAUCAAUUGGAGUAUGACCCAGAAUGGAGAACAUUGAAGACAUUAGGAUUCGUCCUUGCACCAACUCCAAAUAUGUUCAACCCUUUAGAGUCCUCUACAAGCAGAAUGGGAAGGAGUCACUUUGGGACUGUGUAAAGAUGCAUGACAGUUUGGGAAUACUCGUUUACAACAAGACAAGAAAUGCAUUUGUGAUCGUGAAGCAGUUCAGACCACCCGUGUACAUGAGCAAGAACCGAGGCAUGUGGAAAAACUCGGAAGUCUUCCCAAACUCCCUCAGCCAGAAAUCCAGCUCCUCUAACCCCGACACAGAGCCAUCCUCCAAGAAACAGAAGAUCGACUCGACUGCUGGAGCCCCAGAGAAAGAGGGAGAGGCGUCUGCGGCUCAAACGUGGGGUCCAAGUCACGAGGGGUGCACGUAUGAGCUCUGUGCCGGUCUGGUGGACAAGGACCUCCCCCUGGAACUAAUAGCCAAAGAAGAGAUCCUGGAAGAGACUGGAUACGACGUGCCGGCCGAGUCCCUCGAAAAGAUCAGCUGGCACCACUCUAGCAUCGGGACGGCGGGGACCAAAAUGUACCUCUUUUACUGCGAAGUCACAGACGAGAUGCUCAUAAAUAGUGGUGGGGGUAACAAGACGGAGGGCGAGUCAAUAGAGGUGGUGUAUGUCCCACUGGAGAAAAGCUUAGAGACUGUGUUUGACGAUGCACUGUCCAAGUCAUCUUCGCUCUGUUUCGGGUUCCUCUGGUUCGACAAGUACAAGAGACAUCUGCUGAACAACACUUAGUGAAACUUUCUGUUAGGUGAUAUAUAUACACUUUUUGUUAAAAAGAAACUUGAACAUCAUUACACACAUGAAACGUAACACACAAUACGGGCACAAGUGAUGACAAUUAUUAACUUAGAAACUUCCAAUACGCCAGGCCAGCCAGCAGAACAAGUUCAAUGACGAUUACUGUGAUGAGUAUUAUCCUGUUCUCGAUAGCUCUGAAAGGAGGAGAAAGUAUAUACAAGAUAGCAUGAAGUUGCUUGUUUUUUAGCGUUGUUUGUGUGUCUCACUUGCAGGCGAUAGUUCUUAGCAAACUCUUAGUCCUCUCCAUCUCUGUUUCUAUCCCAGCCACCUGGGGAAAAGUUAUCAUUUUCACUAUUGUUGUUUGCCCCGUCAGGACCAGCACCAGCAGAUUGGUUAACAUUUCACUAACCCUUUAAAAAGGGUAUCUGCCCUUCACUUUCAAGACCAGCAUCAACAAGCAAGGUUUCGUAUAGGGAUAAGUAAAGACGGUAUAUCCCCCUGAGAUACGCCAGGUCAACUUUCUGCUUUCCCAAAAUGACCUUCAGCCCACCCCCAGAGUAUAAUAUUCCUACAAAAAAAUCUUCCCAUUCAGACGUACUCUGUCCCUUGCUCUGACGAGUGUAGCUCUCUGUUGGCCGAGGUCCAGCACUAUGUUGUCGGCAAUCUCAUCUGCACAACAUGGAAAAAUCUUCAGAGCUAUCUCUUUGAGUGUGGAAGAUAAUUAUAUAUACCAGUCUCAGCUGUAACAUGUUGUGCCCUGUGCAGGCUCUGUGAGGCUCUUUGUAAAGUGGCAGUCUUCUUUAGUAGCUGAUCUCGCUCCCCUGCCUACAGAAUAAUAUGAUUACAAGGUGGAAAAAAAACAACUCAAAACCACUGUCUUUCCUAUCCUAUAAACCGGUGAUAUAUGUGGUAGAUAAAUGGCGC